GCCGCCCCAGAGCUGCUCUCCAUCGCUCACGGCGGGGCUGGUCCAAGCAGCCCCCCACGCUCGGGGCUCAGAGGAGAAGAUGGGAAAACUCUGCGUGGCUCUCGGGAUCCUCGUGCUCUGCGCUGCUGGCAGCUGGGGGGGUAACAUCUGCACCACCCGCGGGGUGAACUCCUGCAAGCAGUGCCUGGCCGUGAGCCCCCUCUGUGCCUGGUGCUCCGAGGAGGUCUUGGCACAACAGUCCCCUCGCUGUGACCUGCACGCCAACCUCCUGCAAAAUGGCUGCGGGCAGGACUACAUCGAAUUCCCCACCAGCAGCGUAACCAUCCUGGAGGACCGACCUCUCAGCAACAAGGGCUCGGGGAGCUCCACCACCACCCAGAUGAGCCCCCAAAAAAUACAGCUGAACCUGCGGCCAGAUGACUCCCAGAUCUUUCGCGUCCAAGUGCGUCAAGUGGAAGACUACCCCGUGGACAUCUACUACCUGAUGGACCUGUCCAACUCCAUGAAGGACGAUCUGAGGAAUAUCCAGAACCUGGGCACAAAGCUGGCCAGCGAGAUGCGCAAGCUCACCAGCAACCUACGCAUCGGCUUUGGGGCCUUCGUGGACAAGCCCAUUUCCCCCUACAUGUAUAUCUCUCCUCCGCAAGCCAUCACGAACCCUUGCUAUGAGAUCGGGGAAACCUGCCUACCCAUGUUUGGCUACAAACACGUCCUGUCGCUCACGGACGAGGUGACCCGCUUCAACGAGGAGGUGCGGAAGCAGAGCGUCUCACGGAACCGCGAUGCGCCCGAGGGCGGCUUCGAUGCCAUCAUCCAGGCCACCGUGUGCGACGAGAAAAUCGGCUGGAGGAACGAUGCUUCCCACCUACUCGUCUUCACCACGGAUGCCAAGACCCACAUCGCGCUGGACGGCAGGCUGGCCGGCAUCGUGCAGCCCAACGACGCUCAGUGCCACAUUGACAAGGAUAAUUUCUACUCCGCCUCCACCACAUUGGACUAUCCCUCUCUGGGCCUGAUGACUGAGAAACUCUCACAGAAGAACAUCAACUUGAUCUUUGCUGUGACGGAUACGGUCGUUGGCCUCUACCAGAACUACAGUGAGCUGAUCCCAGGCACAACUGUGGGCACCUUGUCCAGAGACUCCAGCAAUGUUCUGCAGCUCAUAGUGGACUCCUACGGGAAAAUCCGCUCCAAGGUGGAGCUGGAGGUGCGUGACCUCCCUGAAGAGCUGUCCCUGGCCUUCAAUGCCACCUGCCUCAACGACGAGGUCAUCCCUGGGCUCAAGUCUUGCAUGGGGCUCAAGAUCGGGGACACGGUGAGCUUCAGCAUCGAGGCCAAGGUACGAGGGUGCCCGCGGGAGCGGCAGAAAUCCUUCACCAUCAAACCCGUGGGCUUCAAGGACAGCCUGACGGUGGUGGUGAACUUCGACUGCGACUGCUCCUGCGAGAGCCAAGCCGAGGCCAACAGCUCGUCCUGCAGCCGAGGCAACGGCACACUGGAGUGUGGCGUGUGCCGCUGCAACCCCGGGCGCCUGGGCUCGCACUGCGAGUGCUCGGAGGAGGAGUACAACCCCUCGCAGCAGGAUAACUGCAGCCCUGGGCCGGGCCAGCCCCUCUGCAGCCAGCGCGGCGAGUGCAUCUGCGGGCAGUGCGUGUGCCACAGCAGCGACUUCGGGAAGGUGACGGGCAAGUACUGCGAGUGCGACGACUUCUCCUGCGUCCGCUUCAAGGGCCAAAUGUGCUCGGGUCACGGGCAGUGCAGCUGCGGGGACUGUCUGUGCGAUUCAGACUGGACCGGUGACUACUGCAACUGCACCACCCGCACCGACACGUGCAUGUCCAGCAACGGGCUGGUGUGCAGCGGCCACGGCUCCUGCGUCUGUGGCAAGUGCGACUGCACCCAGCCCGGCUCCUACGGCGACACCUGCGAGAAGUGUCCCACAUGCCCGGAUGCCUGCACCAUCAAAAAGGAGUGCGUGGAGUGCAAGAAAUUUGAGCGGGGAGUGCUGGUGGAGCAGCAGUCCUGCAGCCGCAUGUGCCGCGAUGAAAUCGAGACGGUGCAGGAACUGGGUGACAGGGGCAAGGACGCCGUGAACUGCACCUACAAGGACGAGGACGACUGCGUGGUGCGGUUCCAGUACUACGAGGACUCCAGCGGCAAGUCCAUCCUCUACGUUAUUGAGGAGCCUGACUGCCCGAAGGGGCCGGACAUCCUGGUGGUCCUGCUCUCAGUGACGGGCGCCAUCCUGCUCAUCGGCCUCGCCGCCCUGCUCAUCUGGAAGCUCCUCAUCACCAUCCACGACCGCCGGGAGUUUGCCCGCUUUGAGGAGGAGAAGGCCAGGGCCAAGUGGGACACGGGCCACAACCCUUUAUAUAAAGAAGCUACAUCUACCUUCACCAACAUCACGUACCGCGGGAACAUGUAAGGAUGCCGCACCCAGCGCUGGCUGUGGGAUCAGCCGAGGAUCCGUGGGAUCUUCUGGAGGCCGGUUUACAGAAGAGCUUGUGUGUGUCUGCGUGUGUGAGUGUGUCUGCGUGUAAUUUAACAAUUCCUCGACUGUCCCUGAAGCCCUGUUGUCCGUCACCCCACUGUAACUGCAGGGAUGUGCUUUCCACAGCAAACCUCUCGUUCUUACCUCGGUGGGCCGCCUCGCGGGAGCCGGCGGCCCCUCCAUACACUGAAUGCAGAGAAAUGGGACUUUCUCUGCCUGGCGAGUCUGUGAACUGUUAGGUGCUCAUCGGACCAAGUGGAUUUCGGGAGCAGCUGCUCGAACCAAAUGCUGAGCUGUGCUCUCCUCCGUGGCCCGUGCUGGUGAAGCUCUGCCUGCUCGGAGAGUCCCCUCGUGCACUGGACAGAUGCGGUCCCCCUGGGUACAGGAGCCAUCUCCUUGAGGGACAGGGCAGCUACGCUCACUGCCAGCAGGCAGGAGCCGUCGCGUGGCUUUGUGGGUUGAAGACGCCGCUUGAGCAACCUGGCAGCCCCCUGCUUCUUGCAGCCACGCAUUUCUGGUGCUGCUGUGGCCCGGGACGGUGAAAAGCAAAUGCCCUGGCAUCGCAGUGCCCUUCCUCAUUCCCUCCACGUGCACUCAGUUUGCACCACCAGCCAACUCUACGUAGCAUCAGCUGUGCUGGUCCCAGCUGCAGCCUGGCUCAUCCCCUGGGAUAGUGCUGAGCUCCCCGUGUCCCCCUCCACCAUCUCCAUGCCACAAAGCACAUGGAUGUGCAGGCAGCAGCCUAGGGAGGGUCGUGAUGCUCGUUAUCCCUUGAGCCUGGCCACCUCUCUCCCUUUUCUGUGCUUUUUGAGCUGCGUAACUGCACCACGCUUGGUUUUCUGUGUAGCUCAGGGUUCCAGAAGAGCAGGCAGGGUUCAGGCCAUGUCCUGCUGCCUGGGGCUGUGUAUCACCCGUGGUUUGUCCUGGGGGGAAGAACAAAGAAAUGUCCCGGUAGCGGAGUUUGACUGUAACAGUGCUGCUGCCUGGUCCCUGCCCCAGCCAGAGCAUGGUGGCUCUAUUCCCCUCGAUUGCACCAAAAAGCAGCAGAGACCUUGUGCCUGGCCCUGAGGGCCCCAGCAGCAUGUUGGCUGAGCUGGUGGUGGCCGUGUGUCCCUGUUCCCUGGCUGGCCUGUCCCCAGCAGCGCGGGGGCAGUGGCUGGCUGCAGGCAGCAGCGGCUGGUGCUGGGGUGGGAGCUGGGGCUGAGCCCCGGAGCGGGGGGGUUGGAUGGGCAGCACCAGAGCGGCAGCGAUUCACACCAUGAAUAUAAAAAGAAAUAAAAUAAAAG